AUGAGCUACUACAGCAGCUACUACGGAGGCCUUGGCUAUGGCUAUGGCGGCUUCGGUGGCCUGGGCUACGGCUGUGGAUGUGGAUGUGGCAGCUUCCGCAGACUGGGUUUUGGCUAUGGCUCUGGCUAUGGAGGAUAUGGACAUGGCUCUUGCUACAGGCGCUAUGGAUAUGGUUGCUGCCGCCCAUCAUGCUGUGGACGCUAUGGAUUUACUGGCUUCUACUAG